GCGCAACGUACUGGACAUUUUUCCUCGCCUAGAAAACGUAUAGUCUGAGGAUAAAGGAUCACAAUACUGUUCUCGGCAACGGCACCCUCGUCAACCGGGUCAGUUGUGAUUGGAUCGCAGCAGCAGAGCCUGCUCCAACAGCUUGCGCCAACAGCGGUUCCUUUAUCCAUGUUUUUGCUGCACACCCCCUCCAUUGGUGCGUUGGUUGGUUGGUAAGGAUUGUUUCCGCCCUCCUCUCAUUCUUUCUUCUCUCUUUUUUCAUCGUUUCUCGCAAAACGUCCCUAAAACCUUGUUUCCAGUGACUAAGUUUCACUGUUUUGGACGCUUGUUUUCGUGAUUGAAGAUGGUCAACAGGCCAGAGGCCCAGCCGGCUUCGCCUCCUGUCGCGGCGACCUCAUCCCCGACGCCGGCCGCGGAACCCGCGACAACGGCCUCACCUCGGAGCCCACCCAAGAGCUCGCGGGGCAGCUCACCGAGCAAUCCUCAAGCCACGAUUGAAGGAGCGGAUGCCUUGGAAGCGGAGGAGCCAGCAAGUGAGACUGAUGAUGGCGCUUCCAUUGAUGACCAAAUCUCAUCGUACACGGCUUCACUGGCAUCGAGUGCUGUAGACUAUCCUAUUGAGUUUGGUCGCCGCUACCAUGCAUUCCGCCCGGGAGCGUACUAUUUGCCCAAUGACGACACUGAGAUGGAUCGCCUUGACAUGACACAUGACCUUACACUGAGGAUGCUGGGACACAAGCUUUAUCUGGCACCCCUUGAGAAAGAAAAGGUCAACAGAAUCCUGGACAUUGGAACUGGCACCGGAAUCUGGUCCAUGGAGAUGGGUGACCUCUUCCCCAAUGCCGAGGUUUAUGGAAAUGAUUUGAGUGCUAUCCAGCCAGAAUGGGUUCCGCCGAACGUCAAGUUCGAAAUCGACGAUGUCGAAAGCGACUGGAUCGGCGAUCGGAAGUAUGACUUUAUCUUCUGCCGCUACAUGAUCGGCUCGAUCGCCAACUUUCCAAAGCUGAUCAAAAACGUCUACGACAACCUCAACCCCGGCGGUUGGGCAGAGUUCUCAGACAUGAGCGGUAAGUACUACUCGCCAGAUGGCACUCUCACGGAAGAGCACGCCACCUUCAAAUGGAACUCUAUGCUCAUGGAUACCAUCGCCUCCAUGGGCCGCGAGGCCCGUCCAGGCCCUCAGCUUGAGGGAUGGGUCCGCGAAGCCGGUAACUUCCAGAAUAUAACUCACAGAAAGUUCAUCCUUCCCAUCGGCCCUUGGUCAAAGGAUCCGCAUUAUCGGGAGUUGGGCUUGGCCAACUUGACUCAAAUCUUGGAAGGCCUUGACGGAUUCUCCAUGAGGGCGUUUUGUGGCGUGCUGGGCUGGACGAAGGUUGAGGCUGAAGUCCUGCUUGCACAGGUAAGGAAGGAGUUGAAGGGAGUUCACACCUUCCAUGCUCAGUUCGACAUCCAUAACGUGGUGGCUCAGAAGCCUUUUGAGGAAGAUUCUUGAAUUAGUCGCCUCUGAAAGUCUCUCAUUCUCUAUGAAAACCUUUCUGUCCGAAGAGAGCCACUUCAAUCCCAACCAUGUGUUUGUCUUGUGAUAGUGUGUAUGGCCAAGAAUGCGGCUCAAUGGGCUGGAUGUAGUGUUGAUUACUGUCCCAUCAACUGCUGGAUGGC